CCACAGAGGGUGUGAUAACCACUGGCAUUAAUCACGUCGCUCCUUCCCCAUUAACGCUUGCAUGCUUAGAAGGCUACUGUGAUUUUACACAGCCUUUAUUUGAUUCGUAAUAAUCCAAUCAAUCUGAUUUAUACGUGCAGUGCAGAAUUCAGCCCUCCUCCACGGCGUUAACGAGCCAGGGACCUCCCGAGGUGCGGCUUCAUCUCGGUGCGGGGCACAAACCUCCGAGCUCGGAGCAGCAGCGGUGUCCCGGUGUCCCUCCAGCACACGGGCACUCGGAAAGCUCAUGCCCUGCAACACCGGGGGCUGAGUCAGCCUAACGAGCCAGAAGCGCUGCACUUAGCGACUCUGCUGGUACAGAAACGGCAGCUACCCAGGAAGUUGCUCGGUGCCAUUUUAAAUUGAAUUGGAAGCCACGAAGCCAGGGGACCGGCAAAAGAAAAACUGUAGGAAGGCGGAAAAGCCGCAGUUUUUGUGUAUGCUUUGUGUGAAAUAUACAACGUACAGAAGGAGCGGUGAGACAACACAACACAUCCGAGGCAGGGUCGCACUCCAUGGCUCUUGUGCGGUGCCUGCUGACCCGAGCAGACCGUCAGGAGAGGCGCCCCGGGGCCCGGCAGCGCAGCCCCCGGUGCCUGCGGGGCCUGGCUCAGCCUGCAGGGCUACUCGGGAGUCAGAGAACGGCUUGGGUUGGAAGGGACAGCAAAGCUCAUCCAGCUCCAUCUCCUCUACCAUGGGCAGACACACCUUCCAGUACACCAGGUUGCUCAAAGCUCUGUCCAACCUGGCCUUGAACACUUCCAGGGAUGAGGCAUCCACAGCUUCUCUGGGCAACCUGUUCCAGUGCCUCACCACCCUCACAGUAAAGAAUUUAAUCUUAAUAUCGAAUCUAACCCUACGCUCUUUCAGUUUGAAGCCAUUGCCCCUGUCCUGUCACUUCAGGCGUUGGAAGAGGCACCUCUCCAGCUCCUUCCGGGCACUGAACCACCGCCGUGCUUAAACCACCGCACACCCAGCAGAUGCACACCCAGCCCCUGCUGGGUCGGUGUCCGAUCCGUGCCGGGGCUGCUCAGAGCCCGCAGGGACCGAGAGCCCCGAGCGGCCACCGGCAGGGCACCGGCGACAGCGGCCAACCCGCCACAGCGGAAGCGCCUGCGCCGCCGGAGCCGGCGGACGUGACCUCACGGCACGGCCCCUUCCCGGCCCUCCUCGCCGCGUCUGGCAGCUCCCGGUCGGCGGCGGAGGAGGAGGAGGAGGAGGAGGAGGAGGAGGAAGGCGGGCGGGAUCCGGGAUGCAGCCGGCACAGCUCGGGCGCGCGCCGCGGCACCUGCUGGUGUGCGAGCGCGGCCACGCGCGCCACCCGCGCUCGCGGCACGCGGCGCACGUGCGGGACCACGCCUACAGCUGCCGCGUGUCUUUCUUGAUCCCGGAAUGUGGCAUGCUACCUGAAGUGCUGAAAAGCACAAUUGCAGAUAUUGGAGAGUACUACCUGGUGAGGAGUUUACCCAUUCAUGAAUUGGUCACUCAUGAAUUCAUUGAUGCUUUCGUGAAAAAAGGUUCAUGCUAUGCACUUACCUAUAAGACAAAAAUUGAUCAAGAUAAUACUGCAGCUCUGCUACCAAAUGGUAAACUAAUUCUGUCAGUGGAUAAGGAUACUUAUGAGGAACUUGGACUGCAAGGUCACCCUUCUCGGUAUUCAGGCAAAAAAGUAAUGCGAUAUAUUAUCACUAUUGACUUGACUGAUGCUGGCUUUCACCCUGAGAGCAAGAAACAUAACAGAGUGCUUUGGGCCUUGAAAGAAAAGAAACCUUUAGAAUUUGACUUCCUACUGGCUUGGUAUAAUUCAGGUGCAGAGGGAUCAACAUUGAUGUCAUACUUUUCAAAAAACCAAAUACAGGCCCUGAAGCCAAAAAUAACAUUCAGCACCUUAAGGGACUUGCAGUGUCCAGUGUUACAAAGUAAUGAUCUACAAGGAAAACCAGAGGAGUCCUGCAGUACAGAGGAGCUCUUGGAAUGGCUGGGUGCUGUCUUGAAUCAAGUUAGCUUAGACAACAAAUCCUCCAGCUUCUUAUCAACCUAUUGCUGCCCUGAGCCCAACACAGUCGUGGAAAAAGCUUUUUUGUGCACAAUCACAGGCUUUAUAAUUCCUGAGAAAAUUAUUCAGUUAUUGGAGCAGCUGUGUUGCUAUUUUGGUGAACCAAAACUGGCACAUUGGCUGACGUUAACUGUGCAUGGCUUUGCAGACAGCCCUGUUUCCUGGAGAGAAAGUGAACAUGGUUUUCACAAAGGAGGAGAGAACUUGUACAACUUCGUCAUUUUUAGAAAUCUGGACUACUGGCUUCAGAUGGCUGUAGGAGCUCAUGAUGAUUGUCCUCCAUAAAGCUGUGUCCACAGAAGAAGUUCUCUAAUAAUCCCCUGUUACUGACAGAAAACUAAUAAAUUAUUUUUUUAUACAAGUAGUUAUGUAACAGA